GAAAAAAUUAAUCGUGAAAGUACUUCGGUAACAUUACAUUUUGUUGGAAAAGAUGAAAAUUUCCUGAAAGAAUUUUCAAAAACUUCGUUUUCUGUGCCAGUUUUGAUUUCGUCAGAAAUAACUUCUGACGAAUAUAUCGAUUUCGGAAAUGUUGUUCUAAUAGUCGAAGCAGUUAAAAAUGAUACUAAAUAUUCUGAGUUGCUGGAAGAUUUGAUCACCGACUUGGCUAUGCGAAAGUUUGUCAUAGUUUUGACUCAAAACACUGCCUCAAUGAAACAAUGGAUCCGAUAUUUUGCUGAUAGAAAAUUCACCAGAAUCUUUAGUAUCGUUGAACAGGAUAGCUUUGCUUAUUUACCCUAUGAAGACAAUCAAUUUCAACAACUCUCUACCGAUGACCCUCUUCCGUAUGCUCAAAAAAACUUAAGAGGCUUUGUCUUUCGAACAACGGUUCAGAAAGAUAUUCCAAGGACGUUUUGGUAUCCUGACGGAAAUGGAAAGAAUCAAAUUGGUGGAACUUAUGGACAGAUUUUUCUCAACUUUCUUCGCAGGCAUAAUGCAACUUUCAAAGAAAUCGAUGUUAACAACAACUCUUCAAAGUUUGACAUACAAACGGUUAUCAAUGCAACAAUUUAUGAUGAAAUUGACAUUAGCAUGAAUGUUUUCUGUUACAUCUACACUCUUGAUCUAAGUUAUCCAAUUAAAAUUGAGAAAUAUAGCAUCAUGGUUGCCCUAAAUGGCUAUGUAGAUCCAAAGGAAUACUUUCAAAGACCAUUUUCAAUGGAAGUUUGGACUUUUAUCGGACUAACUUUAACCUAUGUGACCAUAAUGGAUGUAAUUUUGAAAUAUUGUACAAAUUUAAAAGUCAUCAUUUGGGAUAGCUUUAGUCAAAAUUUUCUAACUUUUUUAAGAAUGCCUUUGGAGAAACCAAUUUAUUCAGCUUAUUCCAUGCAUAUUCAAGUCACUAUUCUAUCAUUUAUACUUGGAAAUAUUUAUGUGAUAUAUUUUACAUCAUUUCUAACAGUUCACAUUAAAGUCAAGCAAUAUGAGUCAAUUGAUGACUUGAUUCAAAAUAAUAUUCGUGUUCUUGCAAAUUCAUAUGAAUGGAGUUUGAUUGAGAAAAAAGGAUACUUUCCAAAAGGAUUCGACCAAAUCGUUGAGCCAAUAGAUCAUGCCAGUUAUUAUGAUCAACUUUAUUCAAUGAGAAAUACAAGUUAUGCCUUUGCAGUUGGUUCAGAAAAGUCGGAAUUUCUACUUCGUUUUCAAUCGUUGUAUAAAAAGCCAUUAUUUAAAUUAAUCGAUGAUGUUGUUAAAUCUUACUUUUUAGGUUUUUUGUUACCAUUUAAUUCGCCGUUUAAGGAAAUAUUGAAUACUUUCAUAAUUGAUGUUAGAGAAACGGGAUUAAUAGAAAAAUGGGAAAGAGAUGUUUUUGCAAAAGCUAUUAAAGCUGGAUUUAAAAUUGGAAUGGAUCAAAAUGAUCGAGGUGAAAAGAAACAAUUUGAUCCUUUGACAAUGGAACAUUUACGUUUUGCAUGGAAUUGUUUAACAAUUGGUUUGACAGGAGCAGUUAUUGUUUUUUUAGGAGAACGAUUGAUUGGUGAACUUGUAAGGGUUUCUAAGUUAUUGAAACGAUAAAUAAAGAAAUAAAUAAGUUACAUCAAUGUGUAUUGUUUUAAAUUUAAUAGUUGUUUUAAGGUGAGAUGUUUGCGUGGAUAAAAGAUAA